GAUUACCUGCCCUUGACAUCCUUACAUAAAACAAAAUCAGCAUCAGUUAUAUCACGUCUGUUAGUAUGUAACUAUUCUCUUUAGUCUGGGAUGGAGGGUUUUGUGGAUAUAUUGACCAUUGUUUUGGCCACGCUGUGGUCAGUUUCGGGACAAGAUUUAUCAUCAAGGCAGGUAGCCUGUUACCAUCACGAUGACAAUCUCCAUUCUGUAUAUAAUUUUUCUAUGCCGGACAUUCAUGGUGAGAAAACCAUAGAUUUCUCCCAUUACCGUGGUAAGGUUCUCUUGUUGGUGAAUGUGGCUAGCUUUUGAGGCGCCACUCCCCAGUACCAUGGAAUGAAUGCACUUCAAGAUACUUAUAAAAAUUUCCACAUCGUUGGAAUUCCAUGUAAUCUGUUUGGCAAGCAAGAACCAGGAGCAAAUGGAACGGAAAUUUUAAACAUGCUGAAACAUGUUCGUCCAGGUUCCGGGUUCGUACCAAACUUCCCACUGACACAAAAGACUGACGUCAACGGAGAAAAGGAACAUGCAUUAUACACCUACCUAAAGGCUUUCUGUCCACCAGUAGAUGACAUAUUUUAUACAGAAACAUCAGGAAUUUAUUACAAGCCUUACCAUAACAGUGAUGUCAGAUGGAACUUUGAAAAAUUUCUAAUCAAUAAAGAAGGGAAAGCUGUAAUGCGGUACCCAACACGUAUGGUACCAUCCUCCUUAGAAAAAGAUAUAGAGGAUUUGUUAGAGGAAGGGUCACAAAAAAAUUCAUAUGGAGGAGGAUCGGGGCGGUGACUCGUAAAUAGGACUUUAUUUUCAGCUUUAUGGCUUUUUGUCUGCAAAAUAUUUUAAGGCUCCAACCAUUUUCUUAUUUAGUGAAAAGAUAGGCAAAAUAAAAUUAUUUAUUAUUCAUUUAUUUGUUUUAUAAUGUAAAUUCUGAAUUCUAUUUUUUUAUAUGCUAGCUAAAAAUGGAUGAAAAAAUCUUAACGCAUCAAGGGCAAUGGGGUAAGGGGGGAGUGGGGGUGGUAGUUUGAACGCAUGACAUAUCCUUUCCUGGUAAGAAAAUGGUUCGUUCCCAAACUAGCAUUCGCAAAUACUAAUAACAUUGAAGAUUUUUUAAUGAUUCAUUUUAAUGACUAUUCCAUUUCAUUUUUUAAAUGCAUAGCAAUAUUACCAAUAAUUGUUUAAAAUAAUGGACAUAUAUUGUAUAAAUAUAAAUUUAUCUUAAGUCUUAUUUAUUUUAUGAUGUAAGUUUUACAGUUUAUGAAAAAUUUGCCAGAAAUAGAUGAAACUCUAUGGUGAAUUUUGAAUGAAUCAAUGAUAAAAUGGUAUUUGCAUUCUACCAUUUUUGUAAUUGGUUCUUGUAAAAAGCAAUGAAUAAAAUAAAUGAAACACCA